CAAAUCAAGAGAGAAAUUUGGAAAGUGCUGUCGGAAAAUAUAAGUAAAAAAUUGGCAAUCACGAUUGCGAGGGUGUUCUUGAAAAACAAAUUUCGCUUUGAAACGUCAUACAAAUCAAGCGAAGAUUGCGAGCGUGAUGGAACAAGGAGCAAGCUUCGUAUAUUGGAUAGAUCAUUUUAUAAACAUAAUCGAAUCGGUGCGAUUUCUCGCAUCAACUAAGAGACUGUACGUUUGCCAUGUAUGUAAAAUUCAGUUCGCCAAAAUAAGAGAAUUGACCGAUCACGAGCAAGUCCACUCCGUCAGACCUUACAGAUGCGAUAAUUGCAGAAAAACCUAUCAAUCCUUGGUAGCGUUUCGGGAACACAUUAAUAAAGAUCACAAACAGGUGCUUCGAUAUACCUGUCGUCAUUGUUCUAAAAACUAUACACGGUACGCCAAUUACUACACACAUUUAAGAGAACAUGAGUCUUUCGAGUGCGACGUUUGUUUUGAGAAAUUUUCUGAGUUUUGUGUUUUAUUUGAACAUUAUGUAACAAAUCAUGCCGAAAAACUGGAUGAAAAAAUGGAAGAAGCCACAAAAAAACGUUUGCUGUCUACAAAAUCAGGAUUGUCAGGAACAUCCCAAGUAAAAAUUGGCAAAAUAAUAACCAAAAAUUAAAUGAUAAUAUACAAUAGUGCGAAACUAUAUAAUAAUCGAUAUAAGUAAAGCGCUGAAGAAUUUCGUAUAAGAUAAAUUUCUCAUUUUGUUAAUUUUAAUUAUUUCUUCCUCUUGACGAACAUAAAUUUAAAUUGCGAUAUAACACAAUUACAAUGUAGUUGUCAUAAAAAAAAAUUGUUCAACGAACAGAAAUGUGAGAAUAACUGUAAUAGAAACAAAAAUGUAUUUCGGAAUAUUAUUAUAUAUUGCCUUCAACAAUAAUUAGAUACUAAAUUCAUUUAAUUUUAUUUUGAUGAUAUUUCUAAAUAAUUUAUUUUUCUCUUUCUUUCGGAACGGUUUUCUGUAUUUAAGGAAUAGACAAAUAACUUUCAAAUAUGUUUCGUAAAAACAAUAUUGUCAUUAAUGCUCGUGAAAAAUCCAUUAUAUAUUACGAAAAUAUUCUUGUAUAUUAUACGAAAGUAUCCUUGAUCCUCCAAUAAACAAUCAAUGUAUUCAUAUCGAUCAAGAAUCGUAUAUUGUUAAGUAGCAUCACUAUCUGAAAGGACAAUGAAAAAACUUUUACAAGACUUCGGAUAUAAGCAUGCAAGUAUGAAAUAGCAUUUGUUGUUUAUUUGUAGAGAUAUCCAGAUGAUAUAAAUGUUAAUUGUUGCGACUCGAUACCCAAAAUUGACAAAUAGUAAGAUGAUUGCACGCAUGCGGUGUUGUUUUAAAUACUGCGAAACGCUUUAAUUUUACAAACCGAAUUGUUAAAUUAACUACAGAAUGUUUAUCUCCUGCAAAAAAAAUUGAAAAAUCUGCAAUUCUCAGUGACAUAUUUUUUUUCUAGAAAAAUUAGGGAGUUCAAAAAACAUUAAAAAGCGGACAAAUAAAUAAAACACAUCAAUUUCAUGACUUGUGUAAUAGGUGACAAUGUUUAAUAUGUUAAUAGAACUCGGUUAGAUGCACUGAUGUACAUAUAUAAAGAUAAUUGCACACAAAUUUAUAAUGGCAUGAAUAAUUAAAAA